AUGUCUAUUGAUGAUGGUGCUAAUCCAGACUAUGAAUCAAUCAAUCAGUUCACAUCGAUAUUUUGGACUAAACGACAAUGGUUUUUUGAGUUGAAAGAAAAUCUUGAUGAAUUCGUAUAUUCUAUUCAUCCAUAUAGAAAAAAAUGGUACGAUUAUCAUGAGUAUGAGCAAUUUGAUGUAUAUUCAGAUGGAAAUAUUCAUCAACAAACAUCUAAAUUUGUUGACAUAUCUUGUCAACAAGACAUGAACAAUUGUUUCAUUCAACCUAUUUCACAUAUUCAACUUAAUAUUGAGAGCAAUGCCUUUGCUGUUUGGUAUCCAUCAUAUACGGAUCAUAUGAAACCCUGUUUGUUGGCUGUAAAAUUUACUCAUUUAAAUAUUCAAUGUAGUGAGAUUCCAAUUGACAUGUUGAUGGAACUUAUACUUCUAAUGCCUAAUCUUCAAUCAUUGGAAGUAUCAUCGUUACCAUUAUUGCAAUUAAGAAGCUUAUCUGUGGGAAAUACAGAAAUGCUCUUAUUGGUAUCAAUUACUAACAAAAUUACAACAGUAAAACUCGAUAAAAUGGUAGAAGUAGAACAAGCUCAUUUUCUUAUGAAUCUUUGUCCUGGUAUGCAAUACUUCGAGAUAGAUUAUAUAGAAGAGAACGAUUUGGAGAAUAUGGUAAAAUCUAUUUCAAUGAACAAUAUCACAUAUAUUCUUAAACUUUGUUAUUUAUGUGUAAAUGCACGUAAUGCAAAUGAAAAGACAAUUCAACGAUUAAAUGUGAUUAUUGAUUUAGAGAGAUUCUUUCAUCCUGAGCAAGCUUUUUGUGACUGCACAAUUCGACGUAUACGUGAUAAAAUUUUUUUUAAAUGGAAAUUAUAA